AUGAGCCGGGAUGUUGAAUAUUUGCCGGCAAUGAAGAAGAUUUGGGACGCUGUGGGGAAGAUGUGGCAACCAGCUGACAUCCUCACGGCUAAAGGCCACCAGAUGUGUCAAACAUGGGCCGUCCGCGCAUCGCACCCUGAGUACCCAUAUGCACUGCACUUGUUAUCGAUGAUGGCACCUUUGACGAACGGAGCUGCUGUGCAGAUUUUUCCCACGGCAAGCAGUCCUUUGGUUGCCUUUGGAAUCAACGUGAACUAUUCACAAACACGAAAGAGCUCAUGCACCAGCCAUGCUGACAGCAUCACCAGGGUGUUGGAUUCCCAUGUCCGGCAAAAGACUCAAACCUUCUUGAACCAGAUGUCAGUGGAACAAGAUUUCACGCAUGAUGAAAGCACUGCUGCUGGUCAGAGGCCCAAACCGGUUGCGGCUGUGGUGCUAUCAUCCGCCAUCGCAAGCGCAACCCCUGAGGAGUGGUUUCAUAGAUGCGCAAGUGACUUUGACCAGGUCAAGAAUGGAAGCAAGUUGCCAGGGACACCCAGACAUGUUUGGGUACCUUUGCCGGCGGAAGUGGCCGAAAUGCUCGGCAUCGCCAAAGAGGCUACUUCUCCAGCAGCUGCACAAGCUGAAUGGAAGGAAACCUUUCCUGGCGAGAUGCCGCCAGAGCUCCCUGCCACGCAAGACUUUGCAGCCGACUACUUGCCAUCUUCCGCGGGCUAUCCUGUCCGCCUGCUUGACGGCAACAUGAGCCGCCUGCGAUUCCGCAGGGAUCCCAGGGUGCCGUCUGGCUUCACCGCUGAAUGGCGUGUGGCCAACAGAGCUUUUCCUGUGCCUCCUGAAUUCCAACUUGAAGCGGCAGUCCUGCGGGUCACGGAAUUUUUUUCCGUGCCACAUAUGAAACUUGAUCUCACUCCCGAAGCCCAGCAAAUGCACAUGUCCUACCAGGGUGGAUUGAAUGCGCAGUCCCACAUGGCCCGGGAACGUGCAGAUCCUGUUGGUGGAGCCCGCCUCGGCGCUGCGCCGUGGCACAUCGGCGUUUUGGCCGGGCUGCUGCUGGUCUACGAAAUCUUCUCAGGAGUCUACAGCGCCGACCGCUUGCAGCAGAAAGAUUUGCAGGUGCAUACAAUCAAGGACAUUGCCUUGGGCGAAGAAGCUGCCAGUCCCAACCCCCAGCCGCAGCCAGCAGAAGUGCAACCUGACUUCGAUGCCUUGGUUGGGGCAGAUCCACUUCCCUUUCCCGGCGGAGAUUUUGCAGACUCCAUAGUCGACGAUGCGGCUGCAAGUCACAGCCCCGAACUUCCGCCCGAGACUGAGCCGCUCCGGGUUGCCGACGUUCGCUCCAUCGAGUUUGGGUAUGGCCCGGAUGGCGCUUCAGUGCAGAGUGCUUUUCACGCGAAGCAUUUGACUGAUCGCUUCAUCAUGAAGGCUACGCUUCUACAUGGGCAUCCCAAGGUAACUUCGAAAACUAUUUGCGACAAGUUGCGCUCCUCCAGAGAAUCCGGUCGAAAGGCCUUACCGCGAGAGAACUGGGUGGCCGUGAUGGAAGCUUGCGCUGGUUCUCCCAUCCUUGACUUCCAAGACGACACCCUCCAACUUCGUGCUAUACCGCAAGAUGCACCAGGGCGGACAUUCUACCACAAUGAGCUGAUGAAGUUGUGCGGAGUCACCAUGAGAGAGCUCAUGACAGCCAUGAACCGAGCCGCAGCCGCAAAGGCGAAAUCGGCAGCUCCUCCCAAGCGGAAGCGACAAGACGGACACGAAGAUUAG